CCGGUGACGUCGUUCCAGGAACGGCUGGUGGGGGGACUGACUCAGUGAAGAAAAGAAAUGGCGAUGCUCGGAGGGUUUAGCGCAGCACAGCACAAGAAAAACGUCUCUGACGGGAGCAGCGACGUGUCAGAAUUCGUCUGCCCUGUUUGUCUGGAAAUCUUCGAGAGUCCUGUAACAACAGAAUGCGGCCAUACGUUCUGCCAGAGUUGUUUGCAGGAGUGUUUGCGUCCACAGAAACCUGUUUGUGCUGUAUGUCGGACUGGUCUGGCCCACUGGUCUAAAGCUGCUGAGAUGGAGGCACUUAUUCAAUCAUCAGUGGCAUCUUGCAAGGGAUGUGGAGUUCAGGUUGGCCUUUCUCAGAUGAGAAGCCACACAGCUGCUUGUUCAAAAUACCAGGAAUACAUUGAGGAGGGGGUGAGGACCACUGCCCAGAGCCAGCCUGCCAUCAUCAGUCCAGUGCCAAAUCGCUACACCUUCACCUGCCCGUACUGCAACUGCCAGAACCUCGAUCAGGAUGGCCUGGUUGAACAUUGCACUUCACAUCAUGCUCGAGAUGCACGCCAAGUGGUGUGCCCCAUCUGUGCCUCAAUGCCUUGGGGGGACCCUAACUACAGGAGUGCUGACUUUUUCCAGCACCUGAAGAUCAGACACACCUUCUCCUAUGAUACUUUUGUUGAUUACUCCACAGACGAGCACACAAUGAUCCAGGAGGCUCUACAGCGCUCCCUUUUGGACAACUGAAGAACAAUCCACCAGAGGAAGAAAUCUAGUGAAGUGAAGGGGAGAUGGUGAUGUUAAGUCUUGAGAAGACGGAACAACACACUGUAUCAUCAUUGUAUCAUGAGGAUGGUGGUACUGUACUACUAUGGGUUAUCAGUUUCACAGGGAAUUGGUCUUAUUACUAUGAAUCUAUAGGUUUCAGAAAAUAAAUCCUGCAAUAUGGUUUAAAAAAAAAAAGCAUAUUGUACUGUCUGAUUUAGGAGUGGUGCUGUGUUUCUGGUGUGAUAAUCUCUUAUCCUCCCCCCAGUUGAGUCUGUAGACUUAAUAGCUUGUUGAAUAUCUAUUAAACUAUGUUUGUUAACGCAGUUUGUCCAUUGAUGACAUGGUGUCAUAUAGCCAAAAACUUCCAAAGUUGUAAUUAAAUUUCCCUGUCGUCAAUACUUGAUGUUAUAAGAGGGUUUGACCACUAGGUGGCUAACUAUUGCCAGCAAACGACAAACUUCACUCAGUGAAGUCGUCAAGUAAUGUUAACAAUAAUAUAUAAUAAUCUACUCGAGUGUCUCUGCAUGUUUUCUCUCAAAAAAGGUGAGGGAGUUUUUAAUUUUCUUUUUUUUUUUUUUUUUUUUGUUUAUUAGCAGAUGGAAGCGCUGUCGUUUCAUUUUUAUGCCGAUUCUGGGUGAAGUGUAUGUUUGUAUGAGAGAGCGUGUUCUCAUUUUGUUUUCAGAGAUCUACUGGAAAGAAUAAAUAAUAUGAGGGUCAAACAAAGCCACAGAGGGCUGUUUGCUUUAUUGUAAUGUUUCUCCCUUAUGUCUUUGUGCCUGCUGGUAGAUCUUGUUUCUGACUUCCAAAACUCAUAGGGCUAAUAGUUCAUGUGGUGAACCAAAAGAUGCAAGUAAUAGAGACCAUCAGUGUGUCGUAAUCGGUCAGUUCUGUGAUUUAUUUGUUUUCAUUUUGGUAAGAAUUUAUUUUCAUGUUUAUGGCCAUAGGGGGGCAGUAGAGUUCCACCGUCCUCUGGCCACCCAUAACAGCCACCGGGGUCUCAGCAGCCUUCUGGCUCUGUUGCAAGACAUAAUUCAAUACAGAUUUCAUUCUAUAAAUGUGCUUUACUCAAUGUGUUGUUCUCCAGCGUAGCUUUUUAACAGGGUUUUGUUCAAAUGUCGCAUACAAAAGUGUCACCGGUCUUUGAAAACUGAGGUUUUUGGAGUUCAUUUGUUCUAGUUUUAACAGAAUGACCACAAGUCUGCUUUUAAACAGUUGACGCAUUACUUAAGAUUUUAAAUGUAACUGACUGUGAUGGUGUUUUUCAUGUCCAGUGUCAUGGAUGCUUCAUCAAAGAAAAGAAAAUCCAGUUUGUUUUGCUGGCUUUCAUAUUUUUUAUCACUGCCAACAGUUCUGGAAAAAAAAAAAAAUCAACAUAGUUAUUUGUAUGCUUCCAAAAGUGACAGCAUGUAGAGUAACAAAAUUCAGUUUGACUUUGCUCGAUUUUUGUUGGAUGUUUUUAUUUUUAUUCUAAAAAUGUGAACUGCGUCUCUUUUACUUUAUGUCAGUGUUGUUUCCCACUGACUUGUAAUUGUCACAAAUCAACCAUAUACAGUUGUGCAAAUCUUCACACACAGUUGCAUUGCAUUUGUCUUCUACCAACAGGUAAAUAAAACUCAAUACACCCAGACCAAGUAGCUCUAGAGUAGAACCUUAAUGCCUUUUCACGUUGUCUUUGGUGCCACUUAGCCCUAGAUGUUAAUUUUUCUCUCCAGUAAAAUGUGUGAUAAUUUUGUAUAUGUAUCUCAUGUGUAAUGACCUUUUUUUUUUCUUUUUUUUUCUCUUCUCAAUAUAUCUCUCAUUCUCUUUUGUCAUCCCUACUGUUAGUGGGUGCUAAAUCCUGAUAAAUUAAAGCUCUUUAAUUAUUUAAACCCUG